AUGAGAUCCCUACCGUUGGUCAUCGUGCUGCUGUGCAUGUUGUGUGCGGCGCAGGUUCAGACACAGGAGAGCGCCAACACACUGAAGCUGUGCGGUCGAGCUUUUCUAAGGGCAGUGGUGUUCAACUGCGGAGGAUCCAGGUGGAGAAGAUUUAUGGGAGAAGAGGAUACUUUCCCAGAAGUCAACAGAGAGGCAAACCUCCUAAAGUGGAUAGAUGUGUCAGUAAUGGAACGUCAAUUGCGGGACCAAAAUGCGGCCUUGAUGAGAACGUGCUGCCAACAGGGUUGUCAAAAAAGCGACCUGUCCAUGCUCUGCUAGAGCAGAGGAACAUCUCAAGGAAGUUCUCAGUCUGUCACAGUUACUCCUAAUUUGGCAUAAUCUCUGUUGUACAGAACACUGUAAGGAUGACGUCAUUUCUGAGUGCAAAAAUGUAAAAAAAUAAAUAAAAUGUAAAAA